AUUUUCAACAAUAUAAAUCCCAAGUCUUUCAGUCGUAUACCCACCACAAGAAGACGGGAAGCCAUGUCGACCUACCACAAGAAGGAGAAGGAGCUUGAGCCCACGCCCACGGCGAGCAGCGAGGCCGUGGGCAGGGACCUCGAGGCGAGCGGGAACCACUUCAAGCAGUUGGGCUGGAAGCGUCUCACGGUCAUCCUGAUCGUCGAGGCUAUCGCCCUCGGCUCGCUCAGUAUCCCAUCGGCCUUUGCCGCGCUCGGCAUGGUCGCUGGUACCAUCUCUUGCGUCGGUCUCGGUCUGGUCGCCAUCUACACCAGCUACGUCGUCGGUCAGACCAAGCUCAAGAUCCCCAGCAUCUCGCACUACGCCGAUGUCGGUACCCACCUGUUCGGUCGCUGGCUCUACGAGGUCAUUGGUGUCAUGUUUAUGCUUCAGCUCACCUUCCUCGUCGGUGCCCACGCCCUGACCGGCGCCAUUGCUUUUGGCCAUCUCUCCGACUAUGGAACCUGCAGCGUCGUCUUUGGUGUCGUUUCGGCCAUCAUCCUGCUGCUCCUCGCCAUCCCGCCUUCGUUUGCUGAGCUUGCCAUCCUCGGAUACAUCGAUUUCGCAUCCAUCGUCAUUGCCAUUGGUAUUACCAUCAUUGCCACGGGUAUCUCGAGCCACUCCCAGCAGGGUGGCAUGGCCGCCGUCACCUGGUCCGCCUGGCCCAGGCCCGGUCUCAGCUUUGCCGAAGCAUUCAACGCCAUGACCAACAUCAUCUUUGCCUACUCGUUUGCCGUCUGCCAGUUCUCUUUCAUGGACGAGAUGCAGCGCCCCCAGGACUACGUCAAGUCGAUCUGGGCCCUCGGCAUCAUUGAGAUCAUCAUCUACACCCUCACUGGUGCUCUCAUCUACGCCUUUGUUGGUGACAGCGUCGCCUCUCCCGCUCUUUUGUCGGCCGGUACCGUCGCUUCCAAGGUCGCCCUCGGAGUCGCCCUGCCUGUCAUCUUCAUUUCCGGCUCCAUCAACACCACUGUCGUCUGCCGCUACAUCUACAAGCGCAUGAACCACGGCCUCUCGGAUGAGACUAUCACCACGACCAAGAAGGGAAAGAUCACCUGGGGUGUGCUCAUUACCGUCAUCACCAUCAUCGCCUUCAUCAUUGCCGAGUCGAUUCCGUUCUUCAGCGGUCUGCUCUCGAUCUGCUCCGCCCUGUUCAUUUCGGGAUUUACCUUCUACUUCCCGGCUCUGAUGUGGUUCCGUAUCGUCAAGGAGGGCCCUUGGUACAGCAAGGCGAACCUGGGCAAGGCUAUUGCCAACGCCGCCGUCUUCCUGCUCGGUGCCAUCAUCUUUGUCGCGGGUACAUAUGCUGCCAUUGCUGACAUUGCCGAAAAGUUCCACACUGGCAAGCUCAGCAGUCCUUUUGCUUGCAGCGCACGGUGGUAA